UUUACUUAAUUUUAUAAAAAAACAAACUUGGAAAUGUGUAGAAUCCUAAUCCAUUUAAUCUCAGUUUUUGUUUAAAGACUUUGGAUAGUGGAAGGUGUUUAAUUCUUACAAAGAUCAUUUGUUAAUAAAUCAAUGACUCUUGCAUAGAACGUAGAAAAGACGAUAAUAUUGCUUACAUACUUGGAUGUUUACUUUGGAAGCAAUCACUUAGUUUCUUGGUUGACGUGUAGCAAUUCAAUCGGUUGGUAUACACUAUGAAAAGUGACGGUUAUGACUUCCCGGUGUACGGCCUCGACAAUGGUCUAUUUUAUGCUCUUCACAUACCGUCACUCCUGUGUACAGCUGUUAGUUUCGUGAGUGUAAUUAUAACACUUGUCUUGUUGUUGAGAACGCGCAAUUUCCGACGUUUCUUUACCGCCUGGACGAAGAGUGAGCGGUUCAUUGUCUACAUGGCGCUCUGCGAUGGAAUCUACAACAUGUUUCAUUUUGCAACUCACACGCAUGUUUCUGCAGUGCGCGGACCCGUUUAUCCGCGUUCCGUCUGUGUGCUGUAUGCAUUUGGAAUGGUCGUCUUUAUCACCGCGCAAAGUCUGUUGGCUAACGUUAUCGCCAUGAAUGCUUUUGCACUGAUGUUCCUUGACAAAAACCUGAAUCUUGGCAAGUUUGACUGGAGGCUUAUCGCCUGGGUUUACGGAGUACCUGUUGUUGGCACUUCAUUAGCAGCCAUCGGUAAUCAACUCGGACCAACAGGGGCAGUAUGCUUUUUUGAUGGUGUGAAUGGGAAGGUAACUCAGAUAUUUUUCACGACAGCUCUAACGAUGCUCAUUUUCAUCAUCAAUGUUGUACUCUAUAUCGCUACAUGGGUGAAAAUCCGCUCCAGAUCUCAAGAACUCUGCCGAUCUCUCGGACAACAGAGCGUCACUCAGAGAAUGUCAAUCAAGGCAGCAAAGGCCAUGUCGUUGUUUGUCGGUGCCUUCUUCAUCCAAUGGAUGAUACUGUCUAUAUAUGGCGUCUGGGCUCUUAUAGAAGGCAGUGUGCCAAAUUUCCUGGAGCAUUUAUUUCAUAUUCUGCCUGAUAUUGGAGGGCUGCUAAACCUGAUCGUGUUGUUAAUUAUUCGGCGUGGUCAUCUGCUUUCAUCUGCAAAAACCACAGCAACGGAAUCUGGGGCCGGUAACCGAACGAAACAGUCGAGAGAGCUAACUGGUGAUACUAUGUCAGUGGAAGAUGGCCGAACUAAACCGUUAAAUGAGCUGACCAAGGUACAGAAUGCAAGCGAAUGCAAAACAACAAAUAUCUAAGUACAGUGCUUUUCGUUUUGAGCCACAAAAUGGGUACUAUAUGCAUCACAUGUACCAUUGGUAAACAGGGGAGCAUUCAGAACUCGACAUAAUCAUACGUUGUAAAUGAGUCAUAUUUUUUAUCCCCAUCAACUUAAUCAUACGUUGUAAAUGAGUCAUAUUUGUUAUCCCCAUCAACUUAAUCAUACGUUGUAAAUGAGUCAUAUUUUUUAUCCCCAUCAACUUAAUCAUACGUUGUAAAUGAGUCAUAUUUUUAUCCCCAUCAACUUAAUCAUACGUUGUAAAUGAGUCAUAUUUGUUAUCCCCAUCAACUUAAUCAUACGUUGUAAAUGAGUCAUAUUUUUAUCCCCAUCAACUUAAUCAUACGUUGUAAAUGAGUCAUAUUUGUUAUCCCCAUCAAAUGAAUCAUACGUUGUAUUAGAGACAUAUUUGUUAUCACCAUCAAAUGCACCAUACGUUGUAAAUGAGUCAUAUUUGUUAUCUUCAUCAAAUGAAUCAUACGUUGUAUAUGAGUCAUAUUUGUUAUCUGCAUCCACUGUACCAUAAGUUGUAUAUUAGUCAUAUUUGUUAUCUGCAUCCAUUGUACCAUAAGUUGUAUAUUAGUCAUAUUUGUUAUCUGCAUCCAUUGUACCAUAAGUUGUAUAUUAGUCAUAUUUGUUAUCUGCAUCCAUUGUACCAUAAGUUGUAUAUGAGUUAUAUUUGUUAUCUACAUCAAAUUUAUCAUACGUUGUAUAUGAGUCAUAUUUGCUUUCUGCAUCAAAUGAACCAUAUGAGAAAGAAUGUGAUGAUUUGAUACGAAGACAUAUUAGUUAGUUAUCAAUAAUUGCAAACAGGUCCGCAUCCAUUAGGGGGACAAAACGUUCCACGCUAGUUGCAAAAUUGUCAGGAAGAGUAUCAUCCACGUCACAAGUUCUAUUAUAUAUUUUGCAAAUAUCUUUUAUAUUUUUGUCUGGUUCGUGAAGUGUUUAGCGCAUGCGCUUCUCAUUAAGGCUUCACGGGUUCGAUUCCCGGGCUGGAUGUAUGUGAGUUCGGUUAGUGGUCACCAAGCCAGAUAAUUAAAACAAAAAGUAUUAAAUAUGAUAAAUCUCAUUACUUUAAGUAACAUUCUGUCAAAACAGAGUAAAAUGUUUCAGAUAAUUUUUAGUCUAAAUGCAGCACAGCCCAAUGUCGACAAAAGUAUUUUCAAGUCUUAAAGAUUGAAACAAGUUUUAAAGCAUACAUUCGGGCACCGGGGACGCCGCCGUGCCAGGGCUUCCCUUUUAUUUUUGCAUAAGUGCCAGGCUCGCAGCUGCUUGUUGCUCGGGUGUAGUGGUAUAUUCAUAAAAGCAUAAAUAUCCAUUACAUUUGAAUGAAAAGCCGCAUACCGUUGAAUAACAAUAAUUUAAUCAAGUAAACAUUCUGCAGUAGCUUUAAAUGGUUUGAUUAAAUUGUUUUAAAAUAGCUUACUCUUUAGCAUAAACAAGAACUUAAAUGCAGAACUUAUCAGUACAACGAUAUACAAAUUGUGAUCAUGUGUUCAACGACGGUCAAAACGCCGCUCUAUUCCAAACUGAUUGCAUCUUGCACUUAAAUGACAUAUCAAAGGAAAUGAAAAAAAACACACUGUAGAAACAGAACGAUCCAUGAGAAAAAAUGUCAUGGCAGUCUUUAAACAGUUCAUGUUGCCAUCUUAGCCGUAUUUUAUUUUUAUCUUACCAUACCCCGUUAUAGAGCGUUAUAUCAAAGUUUUCUAAUCUAUAUACUUAAAAUAUUGUAUGUAGUGGCCAAAGCGCGUUUCAAACUGUCAUACGUUUCGUUAUCUGCGUAAGUAGAUUAGCUUACAUAAAACUUAUGCAAAAACUGUGUAUUCUGGUAUCCCCAUUCUGAUUUUGUUUUCUGACAUAGACUUUAUGCAUUAAGCAUAUUUGAAACCAUUAUGGUUUGUUUUACCUCAUUUGUACUUACUCGUUCAUCGGUCACAAACGCGACUUGGAUAUUCUUAUAUGUCAUAUGUUAUAAGCAAUCUAUAUUACUGUCUUACAUAUAAACAUCUCGCUUAUUUCGUUUUCGUUUCAAAUCUUCUCAAAACCACUGGUACAUGCGAAGUAUGGUUCACGUUGAUUUUGGAAUUCGUCUUAAUUUCUCUUUCGAAAUAAUUCAAAAAUGUCUUAAUUGAGUAUCUGCCAUGAAGUACAUACAUAAAUAAACUGUUCAUAUUUGCAACGAACCAUCCAAAUGUUUCUCUUUUAAAGAUGAGACAACACCGGCUUUGAAUUGAGUUUAAGUUGAACUAAGUGUAAAUCUCUCUAUACGAAACGAAACUAUGGAGAGACAUAGGGAAUAACCGUAUGCUAGUACAGUUUUAGUAAUUGUUCUAACUCAAACAUGUUACUUUUGUGAGUAUCUCAAAAAUGCAUACAGUUCAUAAGAUAGUUGAAAAAAAUACGCCAAGAUGCUAUAUAUGCUAUGAUUUAUUUUAAUAAUUUCUUUCAGGUAUCAAGUCAUUGAUGCAAAAUGUUGUUAUUGUUUUUAUUUUAAUGCAUGAAUUGUUUACAAAUAAAAGCGAUAUUUUGGCGCUUUUUAACUAGGGGAAAAUUGUGGUCAUUACUCUGAUAACUAAGUGUACGUUCUUGAAUGAGUUGAAUAUUUAAUAGCUUUGUUAACAAAAAUUGCUCAUCUUUAAGAAAAAACCGGUAUAUUAUUGACAUUUUGAAAUUGUUAAAAAUAUAAUUUUGGAUUAUUUAAU